AUGAAUUACAUUAUAGGAAUGUCAGUCACAUAAAAACAUUAAAUAUCAAUUUAAGAAAAUCUAGCUUAUGCAGCAGGUUCAAUAGUAGUAUACUACUCAUACAAAGAAAAUUAACAAGAGAAAUAUUUAAUUGGGAAAGCCUAAGUACAUGCCAUUUUAAUAUCAAGAGAUGGUACACAUGUGUUCACAGGAGAGCAAGCAACUAAGAAUCCUGCAGUUAAUAUAUUUAAGUUGACAGAUGAACGCGAGAUUAAUAUUAGUUAAUAAUUGAAGGGACAUAAAUUUGGAAUAACUUAAAUAGUGGAAUCUCCUGUUAAACCUUACUUGGUGUCUUUAGGUUCUGAACCAGAUAAAGGGUUAUUUGUCUGGGAUUGGAGCUAGGGUGUUAAAUUAACAGUAAACAAACUAUCAAAACCUGUUAAUACAAUCCGAUUUAAUGAUAAUGGAAGACUGCUUAUUAGUGCAGGAUAAGGACAUUUGAAAUAUUGGUAAUUUAAAAAUGAUGGAAGUAUUAUUGCAUAUGACAAUAUGAUGGAUCCGAAACCAUUUAUAUUAAAUGAGCAAUUCAUGCAUAAAAACUUUAUUGAUAUUCAUGUUACUCAAUAUUCAGUCUUUGCAUUAACAUUUGAUUCUUUAAUAACUGUAUUUUCUUUGCAAACUAAAUAAUUCGAAAAAUGGAUGGAUCUUAAAGCUGCUAAUUCUUAUUCAUUAACAAGUCAUUCCAAUUAUCUAAUUACCGGUUGUUCCGAUGCAAUAAUAAGAAUUUUUAAUUUGAAUAUGUAACAUAUUGUGACACUUUCUAAACCUCCUAAUCUUGGAAAUUACAAUAUUGAGAAAGGAGUCACCAAACUGAAAGUAUAAGGUGAUCAAUUUGCAGAUUGUUUGGCUGUUCAAAUCUAUUAAAACUAUUUAGUCGCUGCUUAUAGUGAUCGAACAAUGUUUCUAUGGGAUAUUGGUAAUUUUGAAAAAAUUGUAGUAAAACGCUCUUUUCUAAAUCAUAGUGCUAGUAUAAAUGAUUUAUAGAUAAUGACUUAAUAAUCAUCAAUCGAAGCCACAUUUUUUGUCACAGCAUCAUCUGACCAAACUUUAAGAGUGUGGCAUAUUUAUGAUUCUUAACCUUUGGGAUUAAGGAGAAAUGCUUAUUGUAAGUUUCUCUCGAAGAUUAUAUAUAUUGGGGAUCAAUAUCAGCAUUUUAAAGCGAAUCAAUAAGCAUAGUUAUAAGUUAGAUGUGUCAGAGUUUCUAAGGAUGGAAACUAUCUAGCAUGUGGAGAUUCUGCUGGGAUUUUGAGAAUAUUCUCUACUUAAACUUUUACAUUAUUAAAGUAGAUUUAAGCACAUGAUUAAGAUAUUAUAACUCUGGAUUUCUCAGAAUAUAUUGAUUUACUUGCUACUGGUUCAAGAGAUCGUAUCAUUAAUGUUUAUGAUGAUCAAUUCUAAAAAAUUGGAUCCCUUGAAGAGCAUACUAGUUCAGUUACUUGUGUUAAAUUUAGUAAAGAUAAACUUAUCAGUUGCGGAUUAGAUAAAGCCAUCAUUUUUAGAGAAUUUAAUGGAUAAAAAUUUAAGAUAUAUCAUCAAGAAUAAAUUUCUAAAAUCUAUUCAAUGGAAGUUAGUUUCAAUAAUUUGUAUAUAUGUUUAGAAAAAAAAAUAUCUAUCUACGACAUCCCCACAGGAAAAUUGAAAUAAUCUUUUGAAACUGAUGCAAAUUCAAAAAUUCUUCUCUACAGUAAGGAUGAUUAGAAUUGUCUUCAAAUUGCAACCUAUUCUGAUAAGAAUAUAAAAAUUUAUAACAAUAAGUUUGAAUUAAUCUAAAAAUUUUAGCAUGAUCAACUAACAUCCAUGGGAUUUGCUAUGGAUAACAAACAUUUCAUUACUGCUGGUCAUGAAGGUUGUAUCAUUAUUUGGAAAUUAAAUAAAGUAUUUAAAAAAAAAUAAUUGGGUUUGAUAGGAAAAAAAUUAAAGUAGGUCUUUGCUUAAUAAGAUCUAAAGAGUUCAAAAGAGUGGACUAUCAAUAGUUUAUGGAUUGAAGAUGAAUUGAGGGGCUUCUUAAACAAUAAUAAAUAAUAGUAAUAAUAAUAAUAAUAACAACAAAGUUAAAAAUAAGAAGAAGAAUAAGUAGAAUUAUUUAAAUUUGAAUCAGAUAAUGAAACGGAUCCAAAAUCUACAAAAUAAGUAGAAAAUGCACUUUCUCCUUUAGGAAAUUCAUAAUUCAAUUAUAAAGAUUAAAAAUUUGAUAAGGAGGACAUUAAAGCAAUACAAAAUCAAUUAUAAAUAGUCCAGAAUAACCUUAACAAAGUUAAUGAAAAAAAAUAAAUAAAAUAUUAGGUUCACAAAAACCAAGAAACAAUUUAAGAAGUUAAUCAAGUUGAAGAAUAAAGCCAAUUAAAUUUUUUUUAUGAAAAAUCACAAUAUUAGGAAACCGCAAGAAGUCAAAGUGUAGAUAGCUAAGUAUAAAAGAAAAGAACAAGAGAUGAAAUUAAAUAAGAUAAGCUAAAAUAAUUAAAUAAAGCGCAUGAAAUUUAAUAAUAAUAACAAUAAACUUUAGUAACUCAAGAAAGUUAAAUAAAUAUAACUCAAAGAGAUACGAUUUAAUUGGAAACAAAGAGGAUUGAAUAAGAGACACAGAUAAUUAAUAGUUAAUUUAAUUCUAAUCUUAAUUCUUAUGCUGAUUAUCAAGCAAUGUAAAAUAAGUAAUUUAUUCCAACAGAAGCAAGUUUGUAUCUUAAUAAUGUUACUUAAUCAAAAGAUCAGAUAAAAUAAAUUUUAGGUCCCACAUCAAAGGAUUCUAUAAACUUGAAUAACUCUUAUGCUUACGAUUAACGCUAUUAACAAUAACCAAUUGAUCCUACAUAAUAAUAUGUAAAAAUCUAAAAUAAAUCUAGAUCUUUUAAUAAACUAAUUUGGCAAGAUGUCAUAUUAGAUAGAUUCAAGUAGAAUUAUUAGAUCUAACAAAUUUAUUAAAUUAAAUAAAAGAUCAAUAAGUUAAAGAUAAUGUAUUGAGAGAAAUAGAUGAUGACUUAAAUAAUUUAUAAAAGUCAAUAUAAUUAAUCAGAAGAUAAGAAUAACAAGAACAAUAGACCAAUCGAAUCAUGGAUCAAUCCUAAGUCUAACUAAGUGAAGAGGAUAUAAGUAUAAAUUAUUUGUGUAAAUAAUAGAAAAGAUAGUGAUUAAUUGCAGCAAAGAAAUAUUUGAAAAUUACUCAAAAGUAUUGUUAGAAUAAAUCAAGGGAAAAAAUAUAUGA